AUGAAAGGAAAUAAAAAGCCGAAUUUAUUGAUGGAACGAGCUAAUCAAAUGGCAUCAACACAACUUAUCAUUUUUAAUAAAAAUGCGAUGGAAUGUGGUGAAAUAUGGGUGAAGCAAAGGAAUGAUUCAGAUGAUGAAAAUAUUGAACGUUUCAGUACGGUAAAUGAUCGUAAUAAGUGGCGACGAAUUCGACGCAAACGUCAAACGUUGAAAGAGUAUUGUCGUCAAAUUAGAUUUAUUGCUUGGUUAAGAAGCCAAUUUCAUACCACUGAUCGUGCUAAACAAGCUGAUUAUUUGUCAAG